AUAAUAAAGCACAGCUAUGGAUGUYCUCUUUUAUCUGGUAUUCCUCAUCAUUGUUGAUGUUUCACUUGGUGCUCAGCCAAAUAUUGUAUUUAUCUUGGCAGAUGAUCUUGGUUGGAAUGAUGUGAGUUUUCAUGGUUCRAAUCAAAUUCCCACACCACACAUUGAUGACCUGGCUAACAGUGGUGUCAUACUAAAUAACUAUUAUGUACAACCAAUAUGUACACCAUCACGCAGUGCAAUAAUGACAGGCAAAUACCCAAUACAUACUGGAUUGCAAAGUGGUGUUAUACUAGCACCUGCACCAUAUGGACUGGGACUCAAUGAAACAUUACUACCAGAAUAUCUCAAGAAAUUAGGUUAUGCUACACAUGGUGUUGGAAAGUGGCACUUGGGAUUUUAUAAACUGGCAUAUACACCACAACGCCGUGGCUUUGACAGUUACUAUGGUUACUGGACUGGAAAAGGAGACUACUGGAAUCAUACCAAUUUUGCUUUUGGGAAUAACGGUUUAGAUCUGCAUGAUGAUGAAAAGAGUGUGUGGUCAGAGUUUGGUAAUUACAGUACAUAUUUGUACACAGACAAAGCCAUUGAUGUCAUCAAAUCACAUAACACGUCAAAGCCAUUGUUUUUAUACCUUGCUCAUCAAGCAGUCCACAGCGCAAAUACAUAUGAACCAUUACAAGCACCCAAAGAUUUAAUUGACAGAUUUGCAGAUAUCCAACUUGAACAAAGGAGAAUCUUUGCUGCCAUGGUUACAGCACUUGACCAAUCAGUAAAAAAGGUUGUAGAUGCGCUCAAAGACAAAAACAUGUACAAUAACACUAUCCUUAUCUUCACUACUGAUAACGGUGGGGCUGCUAAUGGCUUCAACAUGAACUAUGCUAAUAACUACCCUCUGAGAGGUGUCAAGAGCACGCUGUGGGAAGGUGGAGUUCGUGGUGCAGCAUUUGUUCACAGUCCCCUCAUCACCAACCCAGGMCGAGUGAGCACCAGACUUCUGCACAUUUGUGAUUGGUUCCCUACAUUGUAUGCCCGUGGGGGUGGUAAUACUAGUGAUCUAGCAAAYCUCGAUGGCUAUGACAUGUGGGACACUAUUUCUAGUGAUGCGCAAUCUCCUAGAGAUGAUAUUUUAUUGAAUAUCGACCCUGUAACCGGAGCUGCUGCGUAUCGUAGAGGGAAGUGGAAGCUUGUGGUCAAUGAAUCUUUGUGGUGGAAUGGAUGGUAUCCCCCUCCAGGUACCCAACCCACUAAUCCAAAAACGCUACGCAAUGCUGUCGUCACAUGCACCAAGCCUCCUAAAGCAACCGUUAACUGCACUAGGGAGCAUGGACCUUGCUUAUUUGACAUAGAAACUGACCCAUGUGAAUACGUGAAUCUAKCAGACGAACAACCCGAAGUAUUACAAAGUAUGCAGUCAUUACUGGAGGGUUUURAAAGGACUAURGUGACACCUCGUAACCGACCAUUUGAUCGCGARUCUGAUCCUGCAAAGCAUGGUUGGGUUUGGACUGCAUGGCAGUGAUUUYCCUACAGUCAACACGCUUUGAAGCGCGGAAAACCUCUAAAUAAACCAAGCUAUUUAUACCACAAGUAAUAAAAACGCUUGGUU